AACCGUCACGCCCCGGUCUGUUUUGGAGAAGGGAAGGAGUGGAAGAUGGCGGCGUUCAAGGUGAUGCAGGACAUGCCUCCUCCGGGAGGUUAUGGCCCUGUCGACUAUAAGAGAAAUCUCCCGAAACGGGGACUUUCUGGGUAUAGCAUGCUCACCAUUGGAGUUGGUGUCAUGUGUUUCGGUUAUUGGAGACUCUUCAAAUGGAACAGGGAGAGGAGGCGGUUGCAGAUUGAGGAGCUGGAAGCGAGGAUAGCUCUUCUGCCUUUGCUGCAAGCAGAGCAGGACCGGAGGCAACUACGGAUGCUGAGGGAGAAUCUGGAGGAGGAAGCAGUUGUAAUGAAAGAUGUCCCAGGCUGGAAGGUGGGCGAGAAUGUCUUCCACACAGACCGCUGGGUGGCCCCCCUCACAGAGGAGCUGUUUAACCUUCGACCCCGUGAAGAGCUUCUCCACAAGCGCUUUGGCUUCCUGUGGUACGUGUAGCCGCCCCCCAGCCCAACUGUCACUCCAGUACGCCUCAGCUACCAUACCAGCCACAGCCAGUACCCUUUUGACUGGAGUCCACAACUCCACACAGCUUGUAAAUGUUCUAUAUUAAAGUUAUCUUUUCUGUACCCCAUA